AUGAUUUCAAAUACAUUAAAUCAAUUGCUGUUUUUAUUACCAUCUGCUAUUCAUGAUAAAACAAUAGAAAUUUAUAACCGUAUUCCUGGUACAUUAAUGAGAUUUUUGGGUACGAAUACAGUAACAAAAGAAGUCGAAUGCAAAAAUGGAUCUUUGAUUACUGGAAAAUUAACAGUAACUGAUGACAAUGAAUAUCCAACUAACUUACCUGGAAAUUUCGAUGAUUUUUCAAAUGAAACUCGCUACAAUAAUUACGAGAAAAAAUCAUCACGAAAAAAUGCUUCCGACACUGCAUCUAACAAAUAUAUGGAUAAGAGCCCCGAUAUGUGCGUUAGCUAUACUUCAUCUAAUGCACGUACGAUACCAAUUGAAUAUAAUAAAGAUUGGGAUAUUGUUCGUCAACAUUUAAAAGAUUCGAUACAACGAAAGUUUUAUGAAAAACAAAUAAUAGAAAUAAAUCCUGAUCAUGUUGCUGAUGAAAUACUAAAAAGAUAUCUUCAAGAAUCUUCAAAUUCGAACAAACAACGUAAAAAUUCUUCAUCAAUAAUUAAAUUUAAUGAAACAUAUUGUAUAAAUAGUGAACAAAAAAAGAUCAAUAUCGGUGAAUAUAAUGUCACUGCUUACAUAAUUCUUGAAAAUGAAACAUCAUGGAACAUGAAACAUCGAACAUACGUUAGUUAUGAUUACAAGCUUGAAUUGAAUGGAAUAUCACAAGAUUCAGAUAAACUAAAUCAAUUCAAUCAAUUGGUUGCUACAAAUGAUGUUUCAACUGCAAUCCAACAAAUUCAAGGGCAAACUCAAUUAACAUGGCAAAGCUUUUUCAAACCGCCUCAAUUGUAG